GGUGUGCAAUAGUCUUGUAUGUUCUCGCCCUCAAAUACACAGAAGAAUCGUUGACCUCAAUCUGCAUCCUCACCAUAAUGGCCCAACCUGAUUGGUCGAACAUGACGGUCCACCUGGAGGACUCCCUGACGAGGACGCUGAGCGACUUCCUGAACACCUGGAGGUGGAACUCCACCGCGGCGCAACGCAAGCUGGACGAGCGGCUCACCGAGGAGAACUUCCGGAACGUCAUCUGGUACCUGCUGGUGAUGAUCGGAAUGUUCUCCUUCAUCGUGGUGGCCGUGCUGGUCAGUACCGUGAAGUCCAAGAGGAGCGAGCACUCCGAGGACCCGUACCACAAGUACAUCGAGGGAGAGUGGACGUCCGACCCCGCCCUCGUCAUCUCCAACCCCAGCCCCAAGGACUUUGGGAUAUCCUUCCCGUGAAGCGCACUAACCGUACAGUCCAAUCGUCACCUAGAUCUACUCCAACCCCAGUCCCAAGGACUUUGCUGGAUAGGCUCACCCUGAGGCUCCCCUGAAAGUUUGACCGUCUACUCUAUGAAUGUGUCCAC